UAGAAAAAUGAAAAUAAUUAUUUUAUGCAUUUGUAUUUUAAUUUUACUUAUAAAUUCUAUUUUAAGUGCUAAACCACCUAAAAAAGAAUUUUCAAUUGGUGCAAUUUUUGAAAAUGAAAAUGAUGAUUUUGAUAUUGCAUUUCGAGCUGCAAUAUAUCGAGUUAAUCAAAUGGAAAAAGAUUUUAAAUUAAAUGAAAUAAUAAAGUAUGCCGAUUACGAGGAUAGCUAUAUGCUAGAACAAUUAACAUGUGAAUUAGCUGCAGAAGGUGUAAUAGCGAUUUUUGGACCAACAGAUAGUGAUGUAUCAGAUAUUGUUUCAUCAAUUUGUAAUAUUUUGGAAAUACCGCAUUUUUUAUUUAAUUACAAGUUAAGAAAUCCUUUACAUUUUCAAGACUUAUAUUCAAUGACAAUUAAUAUGUAUCCGGAUGAAAGUGUUUUAGGAAAAGCUAUUGCUGAAGCUGUCACAGCUCAUGGAUGGAGAAGAUAUGCUGUGGUAUAUGAAUCUAAUAAACAUUUCACAGAAUUACAAAAUGUUUUAGAGUUACAUACACGUGAUUCACCUUUAACAACAUUCUAUGAAAUUGAAUAUGAUGAACAGCAGCAAUUUUUACCAUUUUUAAAAAAUUUACAUGACAAAAAAGAAGUUAAUUUAAUAAUAAAUUGUGAUAUUGAGACUAUUAUUCCUCUGUUGGAGAAUGCAAGAGAAUUGAAAAUGUUAGGAGAAUAUCAGAGUAUAUUUUUCAUACCACUUGAUACUUAUACUUUAGAUUUUGGUGAUUUAGCUUCAGUUUCAGCAAAUAUAACAACAAUAAGGAUUGUAGAUCCUUCUGAUUCAAAUAUUUUGAAUGUUGUUGCUGAUUUGGAGGAAGUAGAAAAAGAAAGAAAUAAAUACUAUAAAUUGAGUCCAGAGGAAGUACCCACGACAAUGCUAACAUUAACAGAUGCUGUAUGGUUAUUUGCAAAAGGUCUUUCUACACUAGAAAUAAUUGAAGAACUAGAACCACCGUCUAGUACAUGUGAUAGUCCAGAACCAUGGGCUUUUGGUAAAAGGAUUGUUGAAUUUAUUAAGGGGAGAAAAGAAUCAGGAAGUACCGGCGAAAUUCAUUUAAAUGAACAUGGUAAACGUAUACAAUUUACAACACAAAUUCUAGAAUUAACACCAGAUGGAUUUGCACAAUUUUCUGAAUGGGAUCCUAUAAAUGGUUUUAGUGGCAUUGGAUCAGAAGGCAAUUUAAAACGUAAAGAAGAUAAGCUUCAAAGUAAAAUUUUUAUUGUGUCAUCUCGUGUGGGAAAACCGUUUUUAUUUGAUUUAAGUAAAAAUGAUUCAAGUUUAAUCGGAAAUGCAAGAUAUGAAGGAUAUUCAGUUGAUUUAAUUCAUGAAAUAUCAAAAAUAGCUGGAUUUAAAUAUCAAUUUGUAUUAGCCCCAGACGGUAAAUAUGGUGCAUAUGACCCAUCAAUCGGCAAAUGGAAUGGAAUAGUUGGACAAGUUAUGGAAGGAAAUGCUGAUAUGGGUAUUUGUGAUUUGACGAUGACAUCGGCACGUCGUCAAGUAGUUGAUUUUACACCCCCAUUUAUGACAUUAGGAAUUAGUAUAUUAUAUGCAAAAGCGGAUCCUGUGCCUCCAGAUCUUUUCUCAUUUAGAUUACCAUUUUCAAAUAAUGUGUGGCUGUAUAUGAGCGGAGCAUAUGUUGGAAUUUCAAUUUUGUUUUAUAUAGUUGCAAGAAUGGCCCCACAAGAUUGGGAAAAUCCACACCCUUGUAACGCAGAACCAGAGGAAUUGGAAAAUGUUUGGCAAUUGAAGAAUACAACAUGGUUAGCAGUUGGCUCAAUUUUGGGAGCAGGGUGUGAUUUACUGCCGAAAUCUGCAUCAACACGAAUUCUUGCUGGUUUUUGGUGGUUUUUUGCUCUUAUUUUACAAAAUUCAUACACAGCAAAUUUGGCUGCAUUUUUAACUAGUUCCCAGAGGGAUACGUCUAUUAAGAGUGUUGAAGAUUUAGCGUCACAAACUAGUAUUAAAUAUGGAGCUGUAGCUGGAGGAAGUACUCAAGGGUUUUUUAAGAAUUCCGAUGAGGCGAUAUAUCAAAAAAUGUGGUCAUUCAUGGAAGCAGAAGAUCCCCCGGUUUGGAUCCCUAAUAAUGAAGUUGGCGCUGAGAGGGUUAAAAAAUCAAAAAGAUUAUAUGCCUGUUUCAUGGAAUCAACAACAUUAGAAUAUAUUGUUGAAAGAGAAUGUGGUUUAUAUCAGGUUGGAAAAUGGUUAGAUUAUAAAACAUAUGGUAUUGCGAUGCCAUUUAAUUCACCAUGGCGAAAACAAAUUAGUGAAGCCGUAUUAAAACUGGGUGAAACGGGAAUGUUAGUAACGCUAAAGCGGCGUUGGUGGAAGGAAAAAUAUGGUGGAGGAGGAUGUGAUGAAGGGGAUGGAGGUGGAGGUGAUUCAUUAGAAUUGCAAAUGGGAAACGUCGGUGGUGUCUUUUUAGCUCUUGGAUUUGGUUUAAUUGUCGCAUUUUGUGUUGGUUUAGUAGAAUUUUUCUUUAGUGUUCAAGAUGUUGCAUUAUCAAAUAAGAUUUCUAUGACGGAUGCUUUCAUUCAGGAGAUUGUAUUUGCGGCAAAAUUUUGGGUAACAACAAAACCAGCUCCAAAAAGUAGUAGUAAACGAAGUUCAACAAGACCAUCCCAUUCAUCAUUGUCAUUGGAUUCAAAAAAUACAUUAAAAUCACUCGAUGAUAACGAUAGUGAUGAUGUGGAAAAAGGUUUGAGUAAAAGUGAAAAUAACCGAAAGAAGUCACGUAAAAGUUCUAUGAGUUCAGAAAUUGAGGCUGAUGAUAAAGAGAAUGGCAGAAAUAUCAAAUUAAAAAAUAAGAAAUCUAAAUCCGAAUUAUCAUUAAAAUCAUUGAUUUCACUUAAAAUACCAAAAUUUUCAAAGCAAUUUAGUAAAAAAGAUGAAAACUAGAAGUAAAUGGUGACCCUAAAAGUUUAAUAAUAAAUUUAAAUAUUUGCAUUUUAUGUUGUUUUUUGACUAUAACCACAAUAUAAAAUAUUUUUAAUUUAAAACAAUUUUUUUUUAAUAAGUUUUAAAUUUGAAAUGGCACAUUUAUUAUAUGAAAAAAUUUAUAAGAAUCUUGCAAAAGUCGUGGGAUCGCUCUCGGUCAUUUUUCAAAGAAAUUUUAUUAUUGAUAAAAUUAUUUCAAAGUAAUCUCAUUAUAAUUUAUUUGACGGAUUAAUGGCUAUGUUCUUUUCCAAAUUAUAUCCAUUGUAAUAUAA